GCAUCCUUGCAGGGGAAGGGGCAGAUGCAGUAAUUUGCCCAAGAACCCACAGUUUAUCAGUCGUGGAAUGGGACUUAGACUCCAGAUAUUCGGAGUCUCGGAAAGUAAACAUUUCCCCAGCGGCGGAGAGCUAAUUUGGCUCUUCCCCCUUCCUCCACUAGGGAGAGGCUGCAGACACCCCCAGAAAACUCUGCCUAGAGGCUUGGCACACGGGGAACUUUGUCAAGUGGACGCUGUCCCUCCGACAAAUUGUCCUUGGCAACAUCGCCACUUACCAGCUGGGGUCAUUUCUCCCCCGGUGGCAGGGGAACACCUACUGCCACUGACCAAGGGGGCCCUGGGAGCGGUAGGUCCGCCGGCUUCGCGGCCUGCGAGGGUUGCUGUCGGUCGGUCGCGACGCUGUCGGGGCUCACCCUCACUGGGGUUCCUGCCGGGGGGGGGGGGGGGUGGGGAGGCGACCAGGACCUCCCCAACACCGGGGCCUCCGUCGGGGGGGCGCGCCCUCGGCGAGGUGAAGCGUGCCCCCACACCAUCUUAAGGAGAGCUGAGGACAGGCAGGGGUUGCGGGACCACUGGACUGCCCGGGGAGACUCCGGGGACGUGACAGGAAUGCCUCCUCCGCGGUCGCAGAGGUCAGUCCUCCACUAUCCCAGAGUGCCCCAGAUCCCGGAAGUGCCCUGCUUUCCGGAAGUGCCCGGCAGGCUGAAGGAAAGGAGGUUUGCCUGAGCGCUGCAAAGAGAGGGCUGUGGUUCUGGUGCGUGGGGGGUGGGGGGGGGCGGCUCCAGGUGCUACUCGGGGUUGAGGUGAGCGUCGGGAGGGAGCUGGGCGGAGGGAUGAUGGAGGAAGAGGAACUGGAGUUCGUGGAGGAGCUGGAAGCCGUGCUGCAGCUCACGCCUGAUGUGCAGCUCGCCAUCGAGCAGGUGUUUCCAAGCCAGGAUCCUCUAGAUAGAGCAGAUUUCAAUGCCGUGGAGUAUAUCAAUACCCUGUUCCCAACAGAGCAAUCUCUGGCAAACAUUGAUGAAGUUGUGAACAAAAUUAGACUGAAAAUAAGGAGACUGGAUGACAAUAUUCGAACUGUUGUAAGAGGUCAGACGAACGUGGGGCAGGAUGGCAGGCAAGCACUUGAAGAGGCCCAGAAAGCUAUCCAGCAGCUCUUUGGCAAAAUCAAAGAUAUCAAAGACAAAGCAGAAAAAUCAGAGCAAAUGGUUAAAGAAAUCACCCGCGAUAUUAAGCAGCUAGAUCAUGCCAAACGCCACCUGACCACCUCCAUCACAACGCUGAACCACCUGCACAUGUUAGCAGGUGGCGUGGAUUCCCUUGAAGCCAUGACCAGGCGAAGACAGUAUGGAGAAGUUGCUAAUCUUCUUCAGGGUGUGAUGAAUGUUCUGGAGCACUUCCACAAGUACAUGGGAGUUCCACAGAUCCGGCAGCUUUCUGAGAGAGUGAAAGCCGCCCAGACUGAGUUGGGACAGCAAAUCCUGGCCGAUUUUGAAGAAGCAUUUCCUUCCCAGGGCACCAAGAGGCCAGGAGGACCCAGCAACGUCCUACGAGAUGCGUGUCUGGUUGCUAAUAUUUUGGACCCUAGAAUCAAACAGGAAAUCAUCAAAAAGUUUAUUAAACAGCAUCUGUCAGAAUAUCUAGUACUUUUUCAAGAAAACCAAGAUGUUGCCUGGCUGGACAAAAUCGACAGACGCUAUGCCUGGAUAAAACGCCAGCUCGUGGACUAUGAGGAGAAAUAUGGCCGUAUGUUUCCACGUGAGUGGUACAUGACCGAGAGGAUUGCAGUAGAAUUUUGCCACGUCACAAGGACAGAACUCGCCAAGAUUAUGCGUACCAGAGCCAAGGAAAUUGAAGUGAAAUUGCUUCUUUUUGCUAUUCAGAGAACAACUAACUUUGAGGGGUUUCUUGCAAAACGCUUCUCCGGGUGCACCCUGACAGAUGGAGCUCUGAAAAAACUCGAGUCUCCACCCCAAUCGACCAAUCCCUUCCUGGAAGAUGAACCAGCGCCAGAAAUGGAGGAACUGGCGAUAGAGAAGGGAGACUUAGAUCAACCAAAGAAGCCUAAAGCCCCAGACAAUCCGUUUCAUGGCAUUGUUUCCAAGUGUUUUGAGCCUCAUCUCUACGUGUAUAUUGAGUCCCAGGACAAAAACCUUGGAGAGCUGAUAGAUCGGUUCGUGGCCGAUUUCAAAGCCCAGGGGCCACCUAAGCCCAACACUGAUGAAGGGGGUGCUGUGCUCCCCAGCUGUGCUGACCUCUUUGUCUACUACAAGAAGUGCAUGGUGCAGUGCUCUCAACUCAGUACUGGGGAGCCGAUGAUCGCUCUGACCACCAUUUUCCAGAAGUACCUCCGAGAAUAUGCCUGGAAAAUCCUCUCUGGCAAUCUGCCCAAAACCACAAGCAGCAGUGGAGGGCUGACCAUCAGCAGCCUCCUCAAGGAAAAGGAAGGCUCAGAAGUGGCCAAGUUCACUCUAGAGGAGCUCUGCCUCAUCUGCAGCAUCCUGAGCACAGCAGAGUACUGUCUGGCCACCACCCAGCAGCUAGAAGAAAAACUCAAAGAAAAAGUUGAUGUGAGUCUGACUGAACGAAUCAAUCUGACCGGAGAAAUGGAUACGUUCAGCACUGUCAUCUCUAGCAGCAUCCAGUUGUUGGUUCAAGAUCUCGAUGCUGCCUGCGACCCUGCCCUCACUGCCAUGAGCAAGAUGCAGUGGCAGAAUGUGGAGCACGUUGGUGACCAGAGCCCUUAUGUCACCUCUGUCAUUCUUCACAUUAAGCAGAAUGUCCCUAUCAUCCGCGACAACCUGGCCUCCACCCGGAAAUACUUCACUCAGUUCUGCAUUAAAUUUGCAAACUCCUUCAUUCCCAAGUUCAUCACUCACCUCUUCAAGUGCAAGCCAAUUAGCAUGGUGGGAGCAGAACAGCUGCUGCUGGACACCCAUUCCUUGAAGAUGGUCCUGCUUGAUCUACCUUCCAUUGGCUCACAGGUGGUGAGGAAAGCACCUGCCAGUUACACUAAAAUUGUUGUGAAAGGCAUGACCCGGGCAGAAAUGAUACUCAAGGUAGUGAUGGCCCCUCACGAACCGUUGGUGGUGUUUGUUGACAACUAUAUCAAACUCCUUACGGACUGCAACACAGAAACCUUCCAGAAGAUACUGGACAUGAAGGGGCUGAAGAGAAGCGAGCAGAGCAGCAUGCUGGAGCUCCUGCGCCAGAGGCUCCCCACCCCGCCUUCAGGGCCAGAAGGCUCCGGCUCACUGUCACUACUGGCUCCGACACCAGAACAGGAAUCCUCUCGCAUCCGCAAACUAGAGAAACUGAUUAAAAAGAGACUGUAGGAGCAUGCAUGGGGCACUGUUUUCCCUGGCUGGUGGCCCUCAGCACCCGGCUGCCUGGAAGCCCCCCCACCAAUCCUGCAUUCCCCCUGACUCUCAGAUCAUCAAUCCUGAAACCUCCUGGGACAUUUGGGUUGUUCAUGUGUCUUCUCCAUGACCUGUCUUAAUUCUUGUCCUAAUCAAAAAGCCAAGCAAGGGCAGGGUGAUAAAAAGGCUACAGAGUUGGUCUUUGAUUCUAUAGCAGAGGCAGCGGUGGGUGAAAGGGCCCUGCGGUUCACUUGUGUUCCUGAGCUGCUCGUCACUGGCUUUACAGCCUCACCUCUGCUGUCACACCUUCUGGCACGUGGCCCUAUCUGCCCCACCUGGCCAGACAACAUGGGUAGAAGCCCUGGAUCUCACCCCUUCCUCCAUUUGCUGCUGUGGGAGGUUACCCCUGCAGCCAGAUGCUAAGAUUUGUGCUCCCUGUUCUGUGGGCUUGGGUCUGGGGCCUGAGCUAAUGCAGUGACACAGUACAGCUGUAGGACAUUAGUCUUGCCUGAUGAAGGCAGUGGAAGCAAGUGCAUUCUUCCUUCUAGAUCCAUCUCCUGGUAUGUAUUGUCAUGCCUAGGCCAGGUUAUCUCAGUAAUCUCCGGUCCCCUCUCUGUAUGUGUCUCAGGAGAAAGUCCCUCUGUGUGUCUCACCCAGGAAGACUGUAUGUGCUAGGCCUCAGAAGCAGGUGCCCUCUGUGCCCUGGGGCUUCUUGCCUGGGUAUGGGGGUACACCCAUAUCUGCCUUGGAGAGAGGGUUCUGCUCGGCAUACUCACCGCAUGCUGUAAGCAGAUUAUUUUCUCCAUUUCUUUAUUCCCACUCUAGCCCUGACUUCUAGGGGAGGGAUUGCCUUCUGUGAAAAGAAACUAGGAAGUUUUCCUAGAAAACUUGUCCUAGGCUUUCUCCUCAGAUGACGCUGUGGGACAGCACAGGAGGCCUGGGCCCUCUAAUCCCCUUCCUGGCCAUGU